CAGAGGGAAGGGGGCGAGAGGAGCAAAAGGUGAAGCCAGGUGGAAAAGACAGGAGGAAAGAGCGGUUUCAGGUGCAGAAAUACAACUCCAGUAAAUCUUCGCCACGUAACCAAAGCUAAGACUAACACAAACAUUUAUACACGUCAUUAAAAACAGGAGCCUUUCUUUUCAAUAGUUUCUCCUUCCACUGCGUCCAGGAGAGAGGCCCUUUGAUAGCGUGUUGGCGGAGGAACAACUCGCAGAUCAAAUAUUGCUGCCGGGAUCACAAGGGCUUAGCUGUGCCCCGAUCCUUCUCAAUGGAGCAAUAAUAAGUCAGGCACCGAGCACAGUCACCUCCUGCGCCGCCUAUCUUGGCCUUCCCUCCCUUCACUAUAAGGUCGAUAAGGGUUGUCUAGUUCAGUGUAAGCGUCGCCCUUGUCGCCCUCAGUGGCAUAUCCUCCCCUUGACCCGAAGCCGUAAAUUGGCCCCAUGUGGCCUGUAAAGUUAAAAGCUCCCGACACGAUUCAUCUCGGCAAUUUGAUGCUCAUCUCCUGACCAAAAAAUGAGGCAUCUCAUCCCAAAGGUGUUGUGAGGCCUGGCGAGGUCGGGCCGGAAGGAGGGAAUCAGGGGUGAAGGAGAAGGUAGAGGAGGGAUGGAAGGAAGGGAGGAAGUAAGGAGAGGUGCAAUAAGACUUCACUAAAGGACUCCAUCGCACCCCCAAAGGUUAUUACUCACAAGGCUUCUGCCAAACAAUGGUACACUAAACACAAAGCUCACUCAGUUUCUAAAGCGAGGGGUGAACUAGCCAGCAACACGAGAAAUACUCAUAAAAAAUCAUCUUUAUUAAUUUCUGGCUGGAGACAUGAUUAUAAAACCAAGCCAGUAUCUUCAGGCAAGCCCAAGAAAUUGAUUACAAAAUUCACAUAGAUCAGCAGAUAAGUGGAAAGGUAAUUGUGGAAACGGAAGUCAGUUACAAAGCAUCACCAGUUAAUAUCCUGCGUGUCACUGAAUUACAUCAUCGCAGAGUUACUGUGUCUUAGGCAGAGAGGCGAGAUGUUACGGUCGUGAGAGUCUUCCAGGAGUUAGUAAAACAAUAAAUUGAAACUUCAGACUCCCUCCAUCAGAGACAGAGAGAGUGCAAAGCUGCGGCUCCUCGUUCUGGUUCUCGCCGCCAAGAUCAGGCUUCCGUGCCUCGCCCCGGAGUGUUUGCCGUGGGCGUCAGGGAGGACCACGCUGAGCCGCCGCCCCAGCGCUCCCGGCUUUAGAGCGCGCCAGUUUCUCAAGACGCUUAAACAUCAGCAAACGUCAGAAUCUACGCUGCUGACAUUACUAUCAACAAACCGCUGCUCCAUAAAGCCGGAGAUCUUGGUGUCUAUACAAGCCGGCUUCCUCCAUACAGUCAGCAGAUCCAUUUAUUUGUCAUCCGCCGGAGCAGCGCCUCGUCAGAGACAUGCCGCCGCCAGCCCCUCGUCGCCGUAAGGGCCGGAAUCCGCUCGACAAUAGGGAAUACAACUACCACGGCUUGCACUUCGUCCGCAGCAAGAGACAGUUCGUUCGUCGCUGGCUAGACAGAAAACACCUACAGCCCACGUUAAAAUUACACUGGAUUAUGGUCUGGCCUGCCCUUAGCGCCACUCACUCCAUCACAAACUCACUGCUCUAAUCAAGAGAACAGUUUUUAAUGCGAUCACUUGAGUGGUUGAAAUGUAAAUUUGAUCAUCAUCGCCGACGAUCAACAGUACCAGUGAAGGGGAAGAAAUGAUUCCCUGCAGGAUGUUGAGGUUACACUGCUGUUCCUCCGUCAGCGCUAGGCACGGGGUGCAGCAGGAGUCUUAUUCGACGCUAUCUGAAAUACUCAGGUGUCCAACGAGAGCGAAAGGGUGGGAAAAACCAUGUAAGAACACAAAAAUGCCAGAUCGUUGCUGAACCUGACCACAGUUACCAUUCCUGCCGAGAGGUGGCGCGCGAGCCAGUGGGUUGGAACUGUCGGGCUCCGAGUGGCUUCGUGGAUGAAUCCUUGCCUACUUUCUCUAUCGGAAGACCUAAGAGAGAAUCAAUGGAUGACAGUAACAUUCACUGGUAUCCCUCAGCUCGGGGCGGAGCCUCGCGGAGAGCCGGACCAAUGGGACUUCACUAUUAAAAGCAAUAACAGAGAAUCGGGUGCUAAUUGACCAAUCAUUGACCACGCUGGCUCAUAAUGGCGAUAAGAACAGACAGAACAACGUAAAAGGAGUAGAACAGUUCCAGCUUGCCGUAUAAGUCCACGUGAACUCCUUGCGUGCUCACCUCCGAGAGUUGUUAUCCUGUGACUGUUCUGUAACUCACUAGGGUGGCGCCAUCCUGGGCCUGAAAGACCAGGGUGCUUGACCGUGCUAAUAGGGAGUGUGCUGCUGUACAGGCAAACUGCGAGAACCAGGUGCCCACAGACUUGAUGAUGCCGCAAGCGCCCACGCCCGUGGUGCCCACACGCCCACGUCUUGGUUUCUCCAUAGAAUCGCUGGUCGGCUGUGGAGAUGAGAAGCGGGCGUCAGCAUCCCCGCCCGCGCCGGGCCUCACCAAACUGGCCGAGUCUCCGCCGCACCAGCCGCCGCGGGACUUGACUAACAUAGGACUCCCGCGUGAGUUUUUCCUUGUCCGAGAGCAACAACUUCGGGACCAGCUGAGGGACCAGCUGCUGAAGGAACAGCUCCAGCGUGUCCAGCAAGCCCACCAGGACUCCAACCUUCGCACCUCGCCCUUCACUUCUCCCGUCCGCACACAGUCACCCUCACAGUGUGACGAUGACAAGAAGGCACCGUCGCCGCUCACCAGCCCGACCUCGCUCCCGCCGCCCAGCCUCCUGCCGGGGACUGGAAUGCCCCUACCGUCACAGCUGUUGCCUCUCGGCGGACACACAGGGCAUCCACACCUGCCCUCACACCUCAUGCCACACCCCCUCCUGACACAGGUGCCGCAGUUCCCGGGCACGCCUAUGCCCCCCGUGUCCUGCCCGAGAGACUACCCACUCUACCCUUGGCUACUCUCUCGCCAAGGCAGGAUCUUCCCUCCAGGAUUCCCUGGCGGUCAUGACUUCCCCACCUUCCUGCUGCCCUUCCGGAAGCCGAAGCGGAUCCGGACGGCGUUCAGCCCGAGUCAGCUGCUGAAGCUGGAGCAAGCCUUCGAGAAGAACCAGUACGUGGUGGGCGCAGAGAGGAAGCAGCUCGCCCAGUCCCUCAACCUCUCCGAGACACAGGUCAAAGUUUGGUUUCAAAACCGGCGAACCAAACACAAACGGCAGCAGCAGGAGGAGGAGGGCGGAGAAAACAAGACAGAGACCAAGCAGGGCGAGGACGAGGGUCUGGUUCUGGAGCACGAGGAGGAGGAACUCGAUGUGGAAAACGAGGCAGAGACUCACUAGCUCCCCCAUGUGCUCCCCCAGAGUCUUCCUCCCUCGCCGCCCCUCCGCAGCCCACCGACAGGAGCCGCCCAGCACGACGACCAACCCGCCGCUUCUGACGACGACACCGAAGGGAAGAUAAUAAAGAUCUUUGUUGUGCUCUUCUCAUCGUGUCUGCAUCACGCGUUAUGAACUGAAGGUGCUCGGGUGCAGAAGACCUCUUCCUUGCCGCAGUCGAGGCAAGGAUCACCGUUUCCUUCCCCUGUCCCAGUACAUCCCCGAGCAUCUCGCCCUGAAGCGGCCAUUGGUCAGUGUGUCUGUCGGUGUGGCUGCCUGGAGAAGUCACACAGCAUUGUGCGCAAUCAAGUACAAUACCUGCGUGUUUUUCCUGUUAGCCGCGAUUCACUCGUUGUUAGAAGCAGAAAUGCUCUUCCACCUCGUGAUUUUUCCUCGCUCUGUGUUACAUGAUUAGCGGCCGCCACGGAGCCGCCUCGCGUGGGUCAUAUUGAUCUGUACCACUACCUGUGUCCCUCGUCAAGCACCAAACACUUACUUACUAUUCCUUGUUAUCUCUGUCUCGUCUCGUGUUCUAGAAGAGUUUUCCUCCCCGUUUAUAUAUUAUAGAGGCCCCGAAGCCCUCCCUAAAGUUCCUAUGUGUGCCAUAUUUUGUAAAUAUCUGUAAAUAUCAUCAAAUAAUUUAUAUGUAAAUAUUGUAUGUAUGAAGUUUAUUUGUUUUAAAAUAGUCGAGCUCUUUUUUUUCAUGUGCCAGUACCUUGAACAGCUGGAGCGACACCCAACUGUGCUUGACAAUAAAAUGUUAGUCUCCGUC